AACAAUCGUUUUGGUCAUGCAAUUUGUUUAAACAAAAAAGAACUCGUCAUUGUUCAGCAACAUCGAAGAAAUUUUUCUCAUUUCUAUCAGCGAUCAGUAAACCUAACCUCUUUAUCAUUCGAAACUAGUACGAGAUUGGUUACAUGAAUUCUUGAAUUGUGUGUAUUCGCGCAUGAUCAGACCGAAAUCUAUAUAACAUAUAAAUCUUGUCGUGUUAUAGAAAAAUUUCGUCGCUGUUUAUAUCCCUUUAAUUGAUACUCUUAUCUGUGAAACCUUCGCGAAAUAUAAACGAACUAUUUCACACGCUAUUUUUAACGUUUCCCGUUAUUUUCGUUUCAUUUAUCUUCGAUCCGUUGGCAGUUAGUAUGUCUACCACCGUCGGGGUUUGUUUUCCUACGACCAGACGGUUCGCUGCGACCGCAAUUAUGCAUCGUCGUUUGCACGGCUCUAUUUACUUAACGUGGCUGAACAGUUGUUCGUCGUAGAGCUUUUUUUUCCUUUCGCAAGUUUCGACGAUAUGGAGGUAAAGGGGUUACGGAUCGUACGCAUAGUGCCGUGACCAAGUUUUAUUUACAUGCAGACUAAAGCUGACGAGUAUAAACAUGGCCGUCGCGCUUUGUGAUGAUUACUCGUGCCAGUUUGAAUCGAAGGAUGUCCGGAGAGAAUGGAAAUAAUGGACGGAACGUGUGUAGCCGAGAUAUCCAGCCUCGAUAAUAUCGUUGGAAAUGGGUGAAAAAAGUUUCAACAAUUGAAACGUAUCCGUUUAAAAGGCGCUUCAGAAUCAAUGCAGUACACUUUCUAGGCUGUGUCGUCUGGGUGAGCAAUGAAUGUAUUCCGAAUUUUGACACCGUGUGUAUUGCAACGUAGACGACCAAAGGAGGCAGAUAAUUCCGAUAAAAGGGAUUGCUGGUUCGUUAAAAGACGGCGCGGAGAUGCUUCGUACAUGAUACAUAGAAUGGGUGCUUCUGCAUCGUCAAGCAUCACCAAUGUAGGUGGAGAUUCGGUCCAAGCAGCUAGACUCUCAUCCUCCGGUAAUCCUCCUGAUCAACAUGGCAUUGCUAUCAGGGAAAAGAAGAAGAAAAUGACGGGGUUCGCGACAUUGAGGAAGAAAUUCAUUCGAAGGCGUCGUUCUUCGAAGGCUUGCGACCAUGGUAGGAUUAUCCGAGAUCUGGUAUCAACCUGGAGCCACUUGGAAGCGACCGCUCUCUUGGAAGAAUACGAGGCGUUGGCCGCGUUAAAGGAUCUCCAUGUCCAAGCCGAAUUAGCCAGACCACCGGCUGCCACGUACAAACAAGAUUUGUCGAAGCUGUACGAUUACAAACAUUGUUCCGACGUGGAUCUCGUCUACCGAGGAGCCUGCUUCCCCGUUCAUAGGGCUCUUUUGUCCGCGCGUUGUCCAUACUUCAGGGACUUGCUAGCUGGAUGUCCGGGGUAUGGUGCUAGGAUAUGCCUGGAACUGAGAACACCGAAUCUCGAAGUACAAAUGUUUUCGGCUCUGCUGCGCUAUCUCUACACUGGUGAUAUUUGUCCGCACGAUGCUGCUCUGGAGGCGAAUCUGUUGCGACGACUGGGAGAGGAAUUCGGCACGCCGAACCCUUUGGAACACGAUCUCAGAUACUUGCUCGACACCGGUGAUUACGCGGACGCCGCAUUAGUGUUCACGUCGGACAGUGAUUACCAGAGACCAGAUAGUGGAAGUUCAGAAUACGGAUUCCGGCCAAAGUUAGAACUGCCAUGUCAUAAAGCGAUACUUUCUGCGAGAUCUCCGUUCUUCAGGAACUUAAUACAAAGACGGACUAGAUCGGGGGAAGAUCACACAGAAAGGGCGCUUCAUAUACCUACUAGAAUAGUUUUGGACGAGAGUGUAAUACCCAAACGAUACGCCAGAGUAUUAUUACAUGCAGUGUAUUUAGAUACCGUUGAUUUAUCGUUAAUAAUGAGAGGUAAUGGUUGCGGGAACAGCGCUGGUAGUCUUGGAGAGGUUCAAGCCCUUACACAUACCGGACGGGUUCGACCAAGUCCCUUAGAGGAAGCAAUGGAAUUGUACCAAAUCGGCCGAUUUUUGGAGCUAGAUAUAUUAUCACAGGGUUGUGAAGAUCUUAUUUUAGAAUACCUUACAUUGGAAUCGCUUCCGGCUGUUUUAAAAUGGGGCAGUCAACCUCACGGUUCUGCCUGGGUACACAGGCAAGCGUUGCAUUAUUUGAGGGAGGAAUUUCAACCGGUCGCCUCUUCUUCCAUUCUUCAUCAACUGGAUCACGCACAUUUAGCGAACGUUUUGCAAAGCCACUUCUUGCAAGCUAGCGAACUUGAAAUACUGCAGGCGGUACUCAAGUGGGGGGAACAAGAAUUGGUGCGUCGCAUGGAGGAUCGGGAACCAAAUUUGCUCAGUCAUACUGUACAUUCGGUUACGAGAAAGGGACUGAAGAAAAGGGAUUUAAGUGAUAUAGAACUGCGAGAGAUACUUAGUGAACUUUUACCGCUUGUCAGAAUGGAUCAUAUACUACCGCCUAAUAGCGAAGCCUUGGCACAGGCUAUUAGAAGGGGAUUAGUUUCAACUCCACCGAGUCAUAUGAUAGGGGAUGAAAGGGAGAAUUUACGCAUGAAUGCUUGGAUAAGGGGUGGAAAGAAAAAUGGAUUUUUUGUCAGGCCGCGCCUAUUCAUGCCUUAUUACGAAGAAAUAAAGUCUUUAGUCGAGGAACAAAUGGUCCAAGAAGCAGAUUUAGUAAGAUUACGAAGGCCGCGAUACGUGGCGGAUAUUCCCGAUGCCUUGUACAUGGUUGACGAGAAACCAAGACCAAUGGGUACAGCGGGUGUUGACGUUCUCGCCGCAGCGUUUCCAGAUUCAGCAACCUUGGCAGCUAUGUUGAAACGAGAACAGAAAUUAAGGCAGUCGCCCAGUUGUCAGAGGGCCAUCAGUUUACCACUCUCGUCGCGUCAUGAAAUCAACAGGCAGGUGCGACUACGCGUUGUCAGGGAGUUCAACUUACCUGACACUGUGGCUGAUCUCCUGGAGAACACUGCGGCGUACAGUAUGAAAGAUCAGAACGAAAGGCUGACCGAUAUCGAGGACAUGGAUUCACCAGGGAUCGGGAUGAACACGAGGACAGUUCCGCCGUUGUGUUACGGAAGAAACAUGACAUUCCCCCGGCCAGCCUCGUCCUGUGCCCACAGACACGAGCUUCCGGCCAUAGUGACCGAGGGUGAAAGCUGUAGGCUUCUCGCUGAGCAACAAGAAAAUAAUUCAUGUAGCGAUGGACAAUUGUCAGGCGUGAUGCCGGAUGUGGCGAUGGCGACAGCUUCGUUCGGGGCUUUGCAAUUGAUAGAGGAACAAGAGUUAGAGUUAGACCUGGGCGAUGGAACGUCCCAUCUUCUGCAGCAUGUUUCACCGUCGAGCGGUACCAUGGGUUCCCAUAGGUCUUCGCUUCCUCAUCCACAUCAGAGGCACUACUCCGGACCGCCUCCUCCACCGUACAUGUACCACCGAGCUGGCACUGCCUUACCGAGAUUUAUUUAAGAUUUCUAUGAAAUAAGGACUGUAUGGCAACUAUGAAAUCCCUGAAAGGGUGGUUUUUUUCCUUCUUAUUUUAUGAAUCGAAAGAGAACCACCGAGUGCAUUCUUUGUAUAUCAUCGUUCUCCUCUUCGUUAAAGCAAUUGAAUGCAUGCUAUAAUUAUAAUUGUUCUGAAUAUAAUAGCUAAUUUGAUACCUUCAUUAAAGUGAAGGUGUAUGGAACCAAAAUGGACACGUUCCUUGCACGAGCUUAGUUACUUUGUAAAAGAACACCUGUAAGGUGGACAUCUCGUGCAAAUUCCCUUUUAACGAUCCUUCAAACUGUAUAUAUUUAACCGUUGUAAAUAUUAUUUAAACGAUCGAACAAAAAGGUGAUAGGAUAUUUAGAUUAUCGAUACAUGUAAUUGGCAAUUUAUGCUUGAUUAUGUGGGAGCAGUUAGGGGUUAAUUUAUAGAAUGAUGUAUAAUUUUCUCAAAGGUAUAUACGAAGAAGUGCACUCUUCGUGGUUCGCUAGGAGACCACGUGUAACGUCGUCGAUGAAAACUUGAAUUCUUGCGGGUACAAAUGCCACCGAUACGAUUUGUACGCACGUUUUAAUUUAACUAGCAGCUUAACGAACCGUGUAGAGGACCCCCUUUGGUUUCAGGAUACUUCCUAAUCGUAAGUGAAACCACGAGACAGCGGCUCGUGGUAAUCGUGGAAAGUUCAUUGCUUGUUAGAUACAAUCACGUAAUUAUAAAUGGUAAUUUCUAGGUGCAGACGGGCGUGAGACGCAGCUGCAGCUGUCGUUCAUAUUAAAUUAUACAGGAUAUAUCGGGGAAUCAUGGUACGAACGAGAGGAAGAUGAUUCUUGAUGGAGGAACAAGUCGAUUACGUAGAAUAAAUUAUUUUCUUAUCAUCAUUCGUUUUCGAGGAAAUUGAUCUUAUAAUUGUAUAAUUAGUGAUCCUUAAUUUUGUAAAUUAUUCUUUGAAAUAGAAAUGAAAAAUUAGUAACAAUGUA